AUUUUGAGCGGAGUCGACGCUAAGCAAAUUAUUUAUUGUCUCUCUCUUUUAUAAUAUAACAAUGCCUUCAAAAUAGUCCCAUUUACCUGCUUUUUACGUUAUACCUUAAAUUAUCAUUAUGAGCCGUUCGGGCGUUCUGUUUUUUGUUGUGUGGUGUGUCAUUAAAAGAAUAGAUGGUGCAGUUAUAAGGGACGAUUUGUACCGCUUAGAUAUAGUUCAUUAUAAUGAUUUCCAUGAUAGAUUCGAGGAAACAUCGUUGCCGUAUCCAGUUUGCAAGUCUAACGACUCUAAUUGCUUAGGUGGCUUCGCUCGUCUUUAUUCUGGAGUCCGAAUGUUGCUGAAGGAAAAACCUGAUGCUCUCCUGCUGAACGCCGGAGACACCUUCCAAGGCACAUACUGGUACACGUUGCUGAAGUGGAAUAUAAUACAGAAGUUUAUCAAUAUGUUGCCAAACGAUGUUCAUGCUAUUGGUAACCACGAGUUUGAUGAUGGAGUAGCGGGUUUAGCACCGUACCUUGCGGCACUCCAAGCUCCUGUAGUAGCCGCUAAUAUAGAUUCAAGCAAGGAGCCGACGCUGAAUGGUUUAUUUAAGCCACAUGUAGUCCUUGAGAGGAAAGGAAGAAAAAUUGGAGUAAUAGGUGUCACUACAACUGAAACAGCGACUUCAUCUAACCCUCAGGGUGUUGUAUUCUUAGACCCUAUAGAAGCUGUUAAGAAAGAAGCAGAAAUAUUAACAAAACAAGGAGUUGAUAUCAUAAUAGUUUUAUCUCAUUGCGGUUUGGAUAUCGAUGAAAAAAUGGCUAAUGAUAUUGGAGAAAAUAUUGACAUUAUCGUCGGAGGUCAUUCUCAUAGCUUGCUUUGGAACGGGAAAUCUCCGAGCAACGAAUCUAUUUCGGGGCCAUAUCCGGUUAUUAUCGAAGCUAAGGAGAAACCCGGACAUAAGGUUAUGGUGGUGACAGCAUCCGCGUUUACGAAGUACUUAGGUAACAUCACAGUGUACUUCAAUCAGAAAGGAGAAUUACAAUCGUACGAUGGAACCCCUAUAUUCUUGAACAGAUCUAUACCGGAAGAUCCCGAAAUAAAGGAAGCACUAAAACCCUACAAAGAUGAAUUAUAUUCGAUAGUAAAUGAAGUGGUGGGAUUUGCACACAACGAUCUUAUUGCGGAACCCUGUGGUUCUACAGAAUGUACUAUAGGCAAUUUUAUUGCUGACGCUUACUUGGAAACAGUUCAAGAAAGAAAUAUAUCCGACAUUCCUCAUGUAACAUUUAUACUAAGAAACAUGAUUCGUGGAUCCAUAGAAGGAGGCGAAAUAAAUAGAGGAGCUAUCAUCAACGUAUUGCCAUUCACGAAUAAGGUGGUGACGGUGCAAAUCCAGGGACGACACUUGUUGGAUGCCCUUAAGCGGUGUAUGACUUCUUAUUGGCAAGAAAGUCCUUUUAACGGUCCUUGGAUGCCACAGGUAGCAGGAAUGCAUGUGACUUUGAAUACAACCGAUAAAACAGUGGUAUCAGUAUUAGUUAAGGAAGGCGAUAAUUAUAAGCCUAUAGAUCCAGACAGAAUGUAUCAAGUCGUCACACUGCAUUUCCUUAUAAGAGGAGGCAAUGGAUUUACGAUGUUCAAAGAAAAUAUUCAUAAUCUUACACAAGUUGGAGAAGAUGCCAAAGUUGUAGAAAAUUAUCUAAAAAGAGUGACUCCAGUAAAUCCUAUAUUGGAUAGGAGACUUAUAAUAGUUAAUUGAGAAAUCAGAACUUUACUAGCUUUUUAUUAUCAUAUCUUAAGCUUUACAAAUGGAGUUUCAAUUU